GAGCCGAGUACAUCCGGGCUCUUUGUGUCGGUGUCAGGAGCCUGUGAAGAUGGCGGCUGUAGGGAGGAACACACUGAUAGCUGCUAGCACACACGUUCACAACAACACAGGGGACAACCAGAACCAGAACCAGGAGGAUGAGGACGGACAGAACCUGUGGUCGUCUAUACUGAGUGAAGUCUCCACACGUUCCCGGUCUAAACUGCCUUCUGGGAAGAAUGUGCUGGUGAUGGGUGAGGUGGGAUCUGGAAAGACCACGCUGGUGGCCAGACUGCAAGGUGUGGAGGAGUACAUGAAAGGUCGCGGCUUGGAGUACUUGUACUUUAACGUCCACGAUGAGGACAUAGAUGAUCAUUCGCGGUGUAACGCCUGGGUGCUGGAUGGAGAUCUGUAUCAUAAAGGCCUGCAGAAGUUUGCCAUGGGCGUGGAGAACUUGGCUGACUCUUUGGCUGUGUUGGUGGUAGAUCUUUCCCGGCCCUGGCUGGCCCUCGACUCGCUCCACAAGUGGACCAGCGUGCUGAGGGAUUACCUGGACAAACUGCGAGUUCCUCCCGAGACCAUGAGAGAGCUCGAGCACAGAAUGGUGAAGCAGUUCCAGGAAUAUGUGGAGCCUGGGAGCAGUGUGGAAGGAGUCUCUCCAAGGAGAACUGCAGAGUCGGAGGAGGAGAGCAUUGUGCUUCCGCUGGGUGAUAACACACUCACACACAACCUGGGCAUUCCUCUGGUGGUGGUGUGUACCAAGUGUGAUGCUAUCAGCACUUUGGAGAAGGAACAUGAUUAUAGAGACGAGCACUUAGACUUCAUCCAGUCACACAUCCGCCGCUUCUGCCUGCAGUAUGGAGCUGCGCUGCUUUACACAUCCAUGAAGGAGAACAAAAACAUAGACUUGAUAUAUAAAUACCUCAUUCACAGGUUAUACGGCUUCCCGUUUCAUUUCCCUGCCCAGGUGGUGGAGAAGGACUCUGUGUUUAUUCCGUCAGGGUGGGACAACGAGAAAAAAAUCGCCAUCCUACACGAGAACUUCCAGAGCGUCAAAGCAGAAGAUAACUUUGAAGAUGUAAUAGUAAAGCCUCCAGUCAGAAAGUUUGUACAUGAGAAGGAGAUCCAGGCAGAAGAUGACCAAGUGUUCCUCGUGAAGUUGCAGACUCUGUUAGCGAAACAGCCUGCAGCCACAGCAGGAAGGCCAGUGGACCCCUCAAACAGAGCUCCCACAGGCUCCCCGAGGACGACCAACCGCUCGGCAGCCGCUAACGUGGCGAACGUCAUGCCCAUGCAAUCAGGUACCAAGAAGAUUGAUCCAAAUAUGAAAGGAGGUCAGACUAGUGAGGGUGUGCUGGCGAACUUCUUCAACAGUCUUCUGACUAAGAAAGCCGGUUCUCCUGGGCCGGGUCAGCCUGCAGGAGGGGGCGGGAACACGCCUGGAACAGUGCGCAAGUCCGGUUCGAAGUUGGGGCUGACUGACGUCCAGGCGGAGCUCGACCGAAUUUCCAGCAAGUCGGACCUGGAUCACUCCGCCCACAACGCGACCACGCCUCCUGCUGAAAAUGACGAGUCCUGAAAACAAAGUGGGAUGAUUCCCUGUCUUGAACCCCCCCUUUUCCCCCUCUUUUACACCCUAUUACUUUCCCUCCCCCCUUUUCUUCUUCUUCUUCUUCUUCUUCAUCUGACCUCCACCCUGUCCGUCUCUUCUCCACCACCUGAACGAGGGAGUAAAGCGCUUCCAGCCAGGACAGUGACGACCCAGAGCUGCACACACACACACACACACACACACACACACACACACACACACGCAGACACACGCAGACACUACAAACAGAAGUCACAUGACACACUAAAGAUCUUGGCACUACAUCUCCUCAUUUCCUCAUCAACGAUCUCCUGAACUUCAUCUGUGAUCCACUGCUGCAUUUCUUCUCCAACAUCUCCAGUUCAUCCCGCUGUUCUUUCUCCAUACGCUGGUCCAGGGGUUUACACCCUGCUGGAGGGUGUGUGUGUGUGUGUGUGUGUGUGUGUGUGUGUGUGUGUGUGUGUGUGUGUGUGUGAGAGAGAGAGAAGAAGGACGUGGUGUACAAUGCAGUUGUAAGUCCACAGACGUUUGAGGAGGAGCAAAAGAAAGUGGUUGAGGAGGAGGUUGUGCUUUAGAAUGAAUUUUAGGAUGAAGAUGUGGAGGAGGUUGAGGAUGAGGUCAGUAGAUAGUAGGUAUUCAGUAAAGCGUUAGUGAACGUUAGCGAAGUCCCUCUGAGGGAUUGAGGUAGAGGAGGAAGGUGUGUGAGAUCAGAAGUCACUCUCUCCUGUUCCAGCGUACAGUUCUUCAUCUCUGGGUGGUGGAGUAAAUUAAAAUCCUACAUGGUCAUGUAAUUUCACAAUGAUGUAGUCACAUUUCUCCACAUCAGGUCUGUAAGCAUUCGAUUAAAGUUGUAUUUAUUGCGAA